AUGGGAUACUUUCAAGCAGCUUUGGUCAAGAUGGGUAUGGCCCAGCCGGGACCCAAGAUAACAGCUCAGGACCGUGCCAUUCUCGAUCUAAAGCUACAGAGGGAUAAAAUGAAGCAAUACCAAAAGAGGUUGCAAGUGGUGUUGAACCGAGAGCAGGAAAUAGCUAGAGAAGCUCUGAAGGCGGGUAACAAGACACGAGCUCUGACUGCGCUCAGACAAAGAAAAUAUCAAGAACAGCUGCUUGCCAAAACGGAUGCUCAACUGAUGACUUUACAAGAACUAGUCAGCACGAUUGAGUUCACACAGAUACAGAACACAGUCAUGCAUGGACUUGAAAUGGGUGCAGAUGUUCUGAGACAAUUACAUGCGGAGAUGUCGCUAGAGCGAGUGGAGAAACUGAUGGACCAGACUAGAGAAGGUGUGGAAUAUCAAAGAGAAAUCGACGAAGCCCUCAUGUCUCGUAUGUCACCAGAGGAGGAGGAAGCAGUCCAAGAAGAGCUGGAACGGUUGCAGCAAGAGGCUUUGCCCGCUAUACCGUCUGUACCGGAUCGACAGCCCGUCUCUUUGCCAGAUGCACCCGUGGAAGAGCCUACCACGGCUCAACCAGCAGCAGAGACUCGACAAGCCGAACGGAAGGAAGAGAGAGUCGCCAUAGCUGCUUAG